UAAGAAUUAUAAUAUAUAACAAAUUCCAGUUCUGUUCUCGUUUCUGAAACCAAGCAAAAAAAUCUCGAAACAGGGAGACGGUCUCCAAUGGAACAAGAAGACUUCCCUGUGGCUGUGCCUCAAUCUGCCAUGAGACAGGAUUUCGGAAAAUUGCAAUACGGAUGCGAGCAUUACAGAAGACGAUGCAAAAUCCGAGCUCCAUGCUGCGACCAAAUCUUUACCUGUCGCCACUGCCACAACGACGCCAUGACCUCGCUGAGCAAUCCGGAAGACCGCCACGAACUUGUUCGCCAGGACAUUAGACAAGUGGUCUGCUUGAUUUGCAACACAGAGCAAGAGGUUGCUAAGGUUUGUCGCAAGUGUAAUGUUAAUAUGGGAGAAUACUUUUGCGACAUCUGCAAAUUCUAUGAUGAUGAUACCAAGAAGAAGCAGUUUCAUUGUGAUGCAUGUGGUAUCUGUAGGGUUGGUGGUCGUGAAAAUUUCUUUCACUGUGAAAGAUGUGGAUCUUGCUAUUCCACUCCUUUGCGUGAUAACCACACGUGUGUUGAGAACUCGAUGAAAAGUUUUUGCCCCAUCUGUUGUGAGUUUCUUUUUGACUCAAUAAAAGACACAACUGUUAUGCCUUGUGGUCACACAAUACAUUUGGAGUGCUUCAGCGAGAUGCAAUCAAAGAAUCAAUACCGUUGUCCUAUCUGCUUGAAAACAGUUGUGAACAUGUCUGCAAGCUGGGCAUUGCUGAAAAUGGAGAUCGAAUGCACACCGAUGCCUGAGGAGUACAGCCACGAGGUGUCAAUUCACUGCAACGACUGCAGCCAUAUAAGCAAAGUUCGUUUUCACAUUUUGGGACACAAAUGUAGUCAGUGCAAUUCAUUCAAUACUUGGAGGACUUCUUCUUGAGGACGUCAAUGAAAACUAAAGGUACCCUAGAAAUAUGGGGCUCUCUUAAUCUCAACAAUUAGGUUCUGUUGAACAUUUGAUCAUUAAGAGAUUUGAAUCCAUUUUGGAAGUCGCCCUGUUUUGUUCAGAGGUUGACUUUGAUUGGUUUAUACCUAUGAAUUCAUACACAUUAAGUUAAGUAGUGCAAUCUUCUAUAGGAAGUGUCAUUUCUUUUUCCCAUUAUAACAUUUAGCAUUCAUCUUGAAUGUUUUUAUAUCA